ACGGACGCGACACGCGCCACUUCGUGCGACUUCCCGAUGAUCGCUUGCCGCGGGUGAUCUCGUCCCGAUCUCGUCCUCGUCCCCCGUCCCUUUUCCGAGAGCCCGGUCAUGGAGAAGUCGCAGAGGAAGCCCGGCCAGCGUCAGGAAGGCCAGCCGCGGAAGGUGCGCUUCAAGAUAGCUUCGUCGUACAGCGGCCGUGUGCUCAAGCACGUUUACGAGGACGGCCAAGAGCUGGAGAGCCCGGGGGAGAAGUACCCCCGCAGCUUUAAACGCGGCAAGACGCCUCGGCACCUUGAGGCGGAGCAGCUCCGUGGCUUUCAGGACCCGACGGGCCCGGCGCCGGGUCCCCCGACAGGCCUGAUUGCUCAGAGGAUAAACGUCUACAGGGGCGUGACUAAUUACAGACCCCCGACAUACGGCGAGCUAUCAGCCGCAGAUUGCAAACCUCCGGUGCUGGAUUUUGGAAAGAUUAUCAUCUACACCAGUAAUCUAAGGAUCAUACGAUCCCCUCACAGAAGGAGCGAGCUCAUGAAAUCUUCACUACAGAGAAAAGAUAGCGGGGAGGAUUUCUCAUUGGGGACAGACAGAGUGGAGAAGGCGCCGCACCACGCUCUGUGCAUACAUGGAGAGGAUGGAAACCUCGAACCCAAGCAUGAGGAGGGCUCCAGCUGCCCCCAGUGUGGGGGAACGGGCUGCAUGCCCUGCUCUCUGUGCCAUGGAAGCAAGCUGUCCAUGCUGGCCAACCGCUUCAACGAGUCCAUUCGGGCUCUGCGGUGCCCCGCAUGCUAUCCGGACGGCCUACAGCGUUGCCAGUCGUGCACAGAGCAGCAGGUUGGAAAGCGCUGAAAGCAUUACGUCUUGCCGAGAAUAAGAACAUCAAUCAAUAAAACCAUCUGCCGGCGUUUUGCAGUACAUGUUCAAAUGUCAGGAUCCAUCACAAUGCCUUUGUAAAUAAAUAACCAAAGUAAUAGAAAACACAAACACUGAAAAAGACACUGGAAGGAGAAAGAGUAGGGUUUUAAGAUUACCAGGAAUUCAAAUCAACAUGGUAUACUUGGUCUUUGCUAUUGAUUAUUGCUGUACUAUUGCAACAUUAACAUACACAUAUGUAGUUUAAAGAAUAUAUUUGACCUAUACACACACACAUACAUAAACAAUUUUAGUGUCAUGUGUGGAGGGAGAAUCCAAAUUUGUAUAAUUGUAUAUUUGAGACCCUGAAAAUGCAUAAAAAUAAAUAUGGUGUAAUAAACAAUCAGUACAGUAUUUAGGGAAUAAAGUUACUAAAAAUAUUCUUCCUCACUGUUUCAGUACCUUCCACAGGGUAUUUUUUGGCAGAGCAAUUAUGGCAUUACAAAGACAUAUAUAUGCAUUUUCUUACAUCAAACAACAACAUUCUUACACUGUAUAUUGUUUUUCACAAUUUUGCAACGACUGAAAAGCAGCAGCAUGUUGUAGUUCUUAGACACGGCAAAGUUCGGGGUGAUGAAAAAUAACUGCAACUUAUAAACAAAGAGAGACGUCUAACAAGCUAUGAUCAAAAUAUUUUAAUAAACAGGUUUUGUUUCAAACUGAAUUUAACAGUGAAAAAACAUUGACGAUCAGAACACCCUUUGGGGAAUUAUUGUGAAGUAUUGUAAUGAGACAAUUCUUACGCUCACAAUAUCCAUAAGCUUCUUGAACACAAUACCCGUACCGAUAACAAAAGAGGCAGAUUAAGCAUUUCAGUCAACACUAAUCUUUUUUAGUAAUCCUAGUAAACCCAAAAGGGUCUUACACUAAACCCAAAAACUGUAAGGAAUGAAUAAAAUAAAAUCAUGGCAACAAUGACUGCAAAGUAACCCGCUGCACUAUUAUGAGAGGCAACACCUUGCGAUGAAACAA